AUGCCUCUAAUAACGCUAUGGCCCCCUGCUUAUACUCGCUAUGUGUACGGAUCACGCUUUCUGAGCCAGUUGUGCUUGAGAAACUGCUAUGCUACAGUUGCCCCAGCUACUUCACGACAGCCCCGAACGCCUGAUUCCGACUCGGCGCUGCCUUCAAGUUUGGACAAGAAUAUCUUAGCACAUCUAUCGACAGACAUUCCAUCUCUUCAUGAGCUUAUUCGCCAAUAUGAGGCGAACUCUGGACACGUAUUCCGCUGUUCGCUGCCGUAUGAAUCUCGGCCUUCUGAAAGUAGGCAGCGCCAUGGUCUCCCGAACACAUCCGGUGACUCCGAGUCCAAUAUCGUCAUGAUUGCCCACUGCGUCGAGACACGGGACGACCACAAAGUGUCACUCUCUUCUGGGUUCGCACUGGAAGCGCCGUCAGCCAUUCCAGGUGAGACCCUCUUCUUGACCUGUGCUCAUACAUUAGAAGAGGCAAGAUACUUUGUGAGUCCUGACAUAAAUUUGGUCUCAUCAAAAUCUGGAACGUUUGUGAUUUCUGGAUCGCCAGAAUAUCAGCAGAUUUAUCCCGUCUCAGCCAUUCCGUCGGCGCUUCCACGGUCAGAUUUACUAGUGCUAGCAAGUUCAAAGGCUUCGGUACAAACACUACCGAUGUCCCCAUAUCCAGCUCAACCCGGCACUUGUAUCAGAGCUCAUUUUGUAUCCCAUUCGAAAUCACCACCUAUGGAGCCUGGAUGGAUUCCCUGGGUUGGAGGUACAUGGAGCAAAUGGGUUCGCGGAACGGUGUUGGGAUACCGAGAUUUUGCAGGACGGGAGACCAUGCCGGGAACGUAUGAUGCACUGUCUCAUCUCUUAUUCACUCCUCUGCCCACGAUGGGGUCGAGUGGCGGACCUAUAAUAGACGAUGAAAGUGGUGCAGUCAUUGGAGUUAUGCUGGGCACACGAAUGGAUAAUGGGAUAGAGGGCGUCCGGGGAUGGGGCGUUCCUUCUGAGACGAUAUUUGAGAUGUUCAGUCUUCCUGGAUUGGAAGGCAAACGUUGA